GGAGGAAAAAAAGCGCGAGAACGAAAACCGAAUCCCAAAUCGAAAUCGAUUCGAUGGCGCCUCACUCCUUUCAAAUACCGCCCAAUUCCCCAAUUUUUAUCCUCGCUUCAAAACCCUAGGCCCUCAAAAACUCCCCCUUUUGUCUAAAUUCCCCAAAUCUCGCUCGAAAAUUUCCCCAAUUUUGACAAAUUCUAGGGUUCCUGAGAAUGGAGAUGGGGCCCGAGCCGCUUCCUCCUCCGACCGUAAAACCCUAGAGGAGACAGUAUGGAGAGCCCUAGGUCACCCUCACCGAUUCCAGGGUUUGAGCCCAAUUUGACGAUCUCUAACCCUAACGAUGAGAACGAGAAGACAUCAAAUUUUUCGCUUCUUUUAUCAGGCUCUGAGUCCUAUCCAGUAGGAUCGGGCCUGAGAAAUAUUGGCAAUACUUGCUACUUAAAUUCUGUUCUUCAAUGCGUUAUACACACUGUUCCGUUGGUCGAAAAGCUGCGCUCGUUUGAUCACGAUCAUCCUUACUCCAGUGGCUAUAGUAAAUAUUUCUGCUCUCUUUGCGCCUUAAGAAAUCUUGUAGCUUCAUGCAUGGCCAAUCCUGGAUGGUCCAUUGCUCCAUACGACUUCACAGAUAAUUUAAGAAAGAUAUCAUUUGAUUUCGAGUUAGGAUUGCAGCAGGAUGCUCACGAGUUUUACCAUGGAUUAUUGGACAACCUUCACAACUCGUGUCUUGACCCAAGUUCUAAAGAUCACCCAUUGUCUAUGGAGAAGAACAGCCUUAUCAAAGAUAUCUAUGGAGGCAUUUCUAUAAGCCAGCUGAAGUGCACUGAGUGUGGCCAUUGUUCAAAUACUCCUGAACCCCUACUUGAUCUCAGCUUAGAAAUCGCUGAUGCAGACACUCUUAAAGACGCUCUCGAGUCAUUUACUAAGGUGGAGAGGAUCGAAGAGACAAAAUUUACCUGUGAAGGAUGCAAGUUACAAGUUUUGAUGGACAAGCAAACUAAGAUUGACCAUGCUCCACCAGUCAUUUCCCUUCACCUCAAGAGAUUUAGGAAUGACGGGGUAACUAUUGACAAGAUUGAUAAGUUUGUUGAGUAUCCACUGGAGUUGGAUUUAAGGCCCUUCAUUUGCUACCCAAAAGAAGAAGAGCAAACUGUAUAUGAUCUAUAUGCAGUGUUAGUUCAUGAAGGUACAGCUUCCUAUGGGCACUACUACAGCUUAGUCCGUUCCUCUCCAACGAUAUGGCACAGAAUGGAUGAUUCUAUGGUGACUAGAGCUUCUGAAGCCUUUGUCGUAAGGGAAACAGCCUACAUUCUCUUCUAUAUAAAGAAAGGCUCUUCACCCUGGUUCUCUAGCUUAAUGGAAGCUGAAACCCGUACUUCACCGACAUCAGUGCUUGAUGACACCAUUAGGGUUCAAUCUCCAUCUUCUGCUGAUGAGACUAGUCCAGAGAAAGAAGAAGAAGCUGGUCCAUGCCCAACUGUUCCUUUGGAGUCUCCAGAGAAAGAAGAAGAAGCUGGUCCAUGCCCUACUGUUCCUUUGGAGUCUCCGAGCACUACUCUCACGUGCGAAAACCGCAGCCAUCCAAAUGAGCCCCACAAUGCAAUGACAAGUCGGUUUCGACCGCAGAACAGCAAAAGAUCAAACCCUGAUCAUUCUAUUAUUGAUAUCGACGAAUGUUUCCAGGAUGAACCUUUGGAGGAUGAUGAGAAGGAGAACCAUCUAAUUCCACGAGGGAAUAUAGGAUCAAGAUUUAAUAAAGAAGAAGUAAAGACAAGUGCCCUCGAGCCAAAACGAGUUCCCUUCAUAGGUGGACCUCUUAAAAGAUUAGUGAGAGGAAUGCCCUCUUUGCGAAGAUCAAGCAUUCUUGCCUGUCUGCCUCCAAAUCACAUGUCUCUAAACCAAAGAUCUCCUUUGACUUCGAAGACUCCAUCUUUGAAUAAGAAGAGAAGGACAUUGAAAGAAUCGUCGAUGAUGGACUCUUCGAGAAGUCUUAGCCCUGGUGCAGUAAGACGAGGAUUGUUUGGAAAUGACUCAGUUUCGACAAUGUAGUCCUCGUAACUCUUGGAGAAUUUUGUUCUUUUGGAUAUCUCCAGAUCUCUGAGUGUUAUAUAGGUCGAUCCAUCUAAUUGUAUUACUCUCAAAACUAGUGUCUGCAAUUUGUCAAUUGUGUGCAAAUGGUCAUGUUUCUCUUCUCAGUUCCUGUUGAUUUUUUAUAUAAAUAUUUUGUUCAACAA